UCAAAAACAAAUAUUCAGAGGUUUUUAUAGUGUAAGCAAUAAAAUGUUUCUUAAAUCGAUAAACCCCAAAACAGAGCCAAUGAGCACCGGUUUGUAUCUCUCUUAAUUAAUUUUUAAAAGAAAGAUAGAGAGAUAGAGAGAUAUUUAAUAGUUUUGACCACACAAACUACAACACAGCCAAUUCCAAUUCCAUUUCCAGAGAUCGAUCGUGACUGUGACUCUCGCUCCUCUCGGUUCUUCUUCACUCUCGAUCAGUCAGAUCUCGUCGGCAUGAGGUACGAGCAGGAUGCUGGAUCGUCCUCCCUCUCGCUGCCUUCGGGAUCUUCCUCUCAGUCGCUGCCGCCGACGGAAGACACUCCUCUUUUGGGGCCUCGCACAUUGUCUUCGCAGCCUAAAACCUUCGCUAAUGUCUUCAUCGCCAUCGUCGGCGCCGGCGUGCUCGGACUUCCGUACACCUUUAAGAAGACCGGGUGGCUCUUGGGCCUCCUCACUCUCCUCUUCGUCUCCUCUCUCACCUUCUUCUGUAUGAUGCUCCUCGUCCACACCCGCCGGAAACUCGAGUCCCUCUCCGGCUUCUCCAGCAUCACUUCCUUCGGAGAUCUCGGCGAAUCCGUCUGCGGUCCCGCCGGCCGUCUCGUCGUCGAUGUUAUGCUUGUCCUCUCGCAAUCUGGCUUCUGCGUCAGUUACCUUAUCUUCGUCGCCACCACAAUGGCCAAUCUCCUCAACCGCGGCACCGAGCAUAUCCUAGGCCUCGAUCCUGCAUCCAUUUACCUCUGGGGUUGUUUCCCCUUUCAGCUCGGUCUCAAUUCCAUCCCUUCUCUCACCCAUCUCGCCCCUUUGAGUAUAUUCGCCGAUAUCGUCGACGUCGCGGCCACCUUGGUGGUUAUGGUGCAGGAUGUUUUCAUCUUCCUCAAACGAAGACCUCCCUUGAGAGUCUUUGGAGGCGUCUCUGUUUUCUUCUACGGAUUGGGAGUCGCUGUGUACGCUUUUGAAGGGAUCGGAAUGGUUCUGCCACUGGAGCUGGAGGCCAAAUACAAAGACAAGUUCGGUAGAGCGCUGGGGCUAGCCAUGGGCUUAAUCUCGAUCAUGUACGGUGCGUUCGGGCUGCUAGGCUACAUGGCUUACGGCGAGGACACGAGAGACAUCAUCACCACGAACCUGGGGACAGGAGUGGUGAGCACUCUGGUCCAGCUGGGUCUAGCGAUCAACCUCUUCUUCACAUUUCCCCUCAUGAUGCACCCUGUAUAUGAGGUGGUUGAACGCCGCCUCUGCAGCUCCCGCUACUCCGUCUGGGUGCGCUGGGCCACUGUGCUGGUGGUCACACUCGUGGCCCUGCUCGUCCCUAAUUUUGCAGACUUCUUAUCUCUGGUGGGGAGCAGCGUUUGCGUUGUGCUGGGCUUUGUCUUGCCAUCCCUUUUUCACUUGCAGGCUUUCAAACACGAGUUGAGCAUCACAAGAAUAGUGGUCGACGUUCUUGUUUUCCUCAUUGGUGUUAUUAUAGCCAUUACCGGGACUUGGACUGCCGUACACGAGAUCCUGACAUCCAAGGCCUGAUUUUCUUCUAUUGUUUUAUUUUUGUCGGUGUAAAAAGAGAGAAGCAUUUGUUGUUACCUCCACUCCAGAGAAACACGGCUGCAUUAUUGUUAUUCUGUUACUCUCCUUACUUGUGUAUUGUUGAGUCUUUUUACUCUAUUUGUAAGAAAGACCCAUGAAAACAAAUAAGAAAAAAGCAUGCUUAGAAUCAUGCGUGAUUAAAGUA